AUGAAACGUAACUGGAACUACGAUGAGCAGAAGAGUUUCUGGAGUCAACCCCAGAGUGAGGACCUGAGUAGGCAGCAGGAGGUCAAGCGUUUGGAACGCAACCGGCUGCUGCUGGAGUAUGAUGAGGAGGAGGAAACCUGGGAGAAGAGGAGACAUUUUCGACAGAGGCGGGCUGAGCAGAGGGAGCACGAAAGGGUGAGCACGCUCCUGAAGGCAGAGGAGGACAGAAGGAACAGGGAGAAGCAACGCGAGCAAGAUGAGAGGAUGGCUAAAGCCAUCGCACGCAUUGAGCUCGAUAAGCAAGGAAAGGAGAAGAGGAGGCAACAAAUCCGAGAGAACACCCUGGAGCUGCGAGAUUUGAAGUCAAAACUGUUGGCUGCCUAUGUGAACAAGGGGAGAGCUGAGCAGAUGGCCGAGAGGGAAAACAUGAGGCGUGAAAAGCAGUGCGAGGAGGCAGAGCUAGGACUAAAGAUGCUGGACGAAAAACAACGAGAAGAAACGGAGCAGCAGAAACUAGAGCAGAAACGCCAGGUGGAGCGGGAAGAGUAUCUCCAACUGCUGAAACAGCAGUUUGUGGAGAAGGAUCACAGGAGACAGCAGGCAUAUGAGGAGUUUCUCAAAGAGAAGCAACAGGUGGACAACAUAGUGAGGAAGAUUUAUGAGGAGUUUGAGAUGGAGAGGAAGCAGAGACUGGAGAGGGUCAGAGCCACUCAGCAGGAAAUAGAGAAAUUUGAGAAGCAGCGCGAAGAGUGGAAACUCGUGGAGAAAGAGAGGAUAGAAGCUGAGAACCGCCGCAUCAUAGAGUUUGUGGAGCAGAAGCAGGUCAUGGAGGAGGACAGAUUGGCUAAGGAAAAAGAGAAGGGUGAAGCCAAAGACCAGGCCUACCAAUCCCUCUGUAGGAGGAUGGAAGAGGAGAAGCAGCAGCGUGAGGAGAUGGAGCAACUCAUGGAGGAAAUUUACCUGGAGGAGAAGGAGGAAGCUUACAGGCAGAGGGAAAUUGAAGAAAUGGAGAAGAAAAUGAGGCAGAGGCUGAUGCUUCAGCAGGCCUGCCAGGAACUGACAGCUCUCAAAGAGUUGCAGAGGAAGGCACAGAAAGAAGAGGAGGAGGCCUUCAGGAGGAUGAUGAUGGACAAGUUUGCGGAGGACGAUCGGAUUGAGCAGAUGAACGCCCAGAGGAGACGCAUGAAGGAACUGGAGCAUAAACGCGCAGUGGAAAAGCUGGUGGAGGACAGGAGGCGGGAGCGUCAGGCUGAAAGGGAGGCGGAGGCCAAAGAGGAAGAAAUGGAGGAGGAGAAGGAGGCAGAGCUUAGACGCAUGAUUGAAGAAGAGAGACAGAAACUUCUUAAAAGCCACAUUACAAAACUGUUAGGAUACUUACCAAAGGGCUUGAUCCGUGAAAGUGACCUGCAGCACUUUGACAAAGACUUUAUAAACAAUCUCAAAUCAAAACAGGAUGAUGAUAUCUUCUUUAUGGAGCGCCAAGACACUAUUUAA